AGCCCUUUUGGCUUUCCGUAGUUCCGCGCCUCGCGCGCUGUGAAGCGGGUAAUGGUGGGACGGGUGAACACUUGUAUUUUCCCGGGGAGAGUUUGUUGUGUGUGCAGGGGGUAUUCUUUCUGAAAUCAUGUCUGUGAACUUUCAGACAUCGACACUUUCACUGACUCUGCCGAUUUCCUGCCAGAUAUGCCUCGGAAAGGUCAAGCAGCCGGUAAUUUGUGCCAACCACCACGUGUUCUGUUCCUCCUGCAUGGAAAUGUGGUUAAAGAAAGCUAGCCAGUGUCCCAGCUGCAGAGUCCCUAUCACAGCUGAGAACCCAUGUAGAGAAAUCAUCGGAGGCACAAAUGAGAGUGAACACAACGACAGUACUUCCAUCAGAAAAUGUCUGAGAAAAACCAGAGGAGAACUGCUUUUGCGGGAGUAUGAGGAGGAAAUUGAUGGACUCUACAGAGAGAACGAGGAGCUGAAGACAAAAAGUCAAAGUCUGGAGUCACAACUGAAGACCGCUUUGGAUCCCUGCAGCAUUAAAACAGUGCAGAUAGAUGACAAAAAAGUUGAGCCCUAUGUUCUGGAAGAGUGGACCAACAAGCUGCGAGCUGCCACUGAUGUUUGUGAUAAAGUAAAGCAGGACAUGGAUAAACUGAAGGAGGCAAAUAAGGCAUUGCGGUUUCAAAACCUCGACCUUGUGCAAGAGAAUAUGAGAUUGAAAGCAGAGGUUGUGAGCAGGUCUCCUCAGAAGUUUGGUCGUUAUACAGUGGCAGCACUGGAAGCUAAAAUCCAGCAGCAUGAGCGGGAUGUGGACCACUUGACGAAGGCUCUGGAGCGCAGCGACCAGUACAUCGAAGACCUGGAGUCUCGAGUCGGAAUAUCUGAGAAGACGUGUCUUGAAGGGCAGGAUAGGAGUGGGAACAGUGAGGCUGAGUCAGACACUGUGACACAGCAACACAAAAUCAACAUGAUGAUGAGAAGCUUGAGUGACAAUGAGAGAGAGUCCAUCUGCAGCAAUCCAGUGGCAGAAGGUUUAACACUUUCUAGAAAUCCCACCUCAAUGUUCAUGCCCUCUGCAGAUUACAAAGAGCUUAAAAAGAGUCUGACAAGAGACCAGAAAAACGACCUGGACUUGAAAAGCACCUCUUCUGAACUUUUGCCCACCACUCCGUCCUCGGCAUUCCGCUCCCUGACUCUGAGAAGCCCUGGCGUCCGGGAAAAGAAAGUGGCAUUCAAACCUGCGUCUUAUCUGAGGAGGCUGGAUUUUGAAGAACUGCCAAGUCCUGGCAAGAGUGGCAGCACUAUGGAGAACCAAUUUAACAGCCUCGACAAAUUACCCACAAGUACUGACAUUGAACCCUCAAAGUCUGUCUUCUGGAGCGGCUGGCAGGGCUCUAAAUCUAACGACGUGUCAUCUCCAAGUUUAGAAAGCUCAGCUUUGGGAGCCACUUCCAGUACUCUGGUAAGUGAUGAGCCAAAGGGUUUUGAGACGUACAGCGAGUCCUCCAUGGACGCAGCUUACCUGGACAAAAUCUCAGAGUUGGACUGCAUGAUGUUGGAUGGAGAGAGCUCCAGCAGCCGAGGAUCACAGCACUCAUUGGCUCCCUCCCCUCCCGCAGACUUGGACAACACCCUCGUCCCAGAACCAAAACCCAGCUCUGAUGUCUCCUCAAGCCAUGGUGGCAAACCUGCGGUACAGUGUGACCAGAAGAAUUCCCCACCACAUAACAUGGAUGGGACCUUGAAUGACAAAGAGGAUUUACAAGGCAUUGCAGAGGAGAGCUUUGCUGCACUGGAUUCCUGUAGGGAGAGCGACGCCAAUGUUCCUGACAGUACGGGGCAUGGAGGGCCCUCUCAAACUGACGAGCUGUCAUUUGAUUUGCUGUUUGAUUCGCUGGAAGACAGUAAGGCCGUUCCCUCUGGCUCUCUCAGUUCAGCAAGCCAAGACCAUGACCAUCUUAACCCCACCUCCUCCUCCAGCUGCAUGAGUAAACCUGUGAACACAAGAGACAGACACGCACUCAAUAUCACCCAGCCAACCAAGAGGAAGUCUCACAGUCCCUUUAACUCGAGCAGUCCCACAAAACUUUCUAAGCUCAUGUAAAAGGUAAAACCAGAACCUGUGUGUGUUGUCAGGCUUCACAUCCAUGCACAGCUAGAAACAAUAAGUCCACUGUGGUGCUGCAGAAUAAAUACCUGAAUAUGAUCCUCUGGUGUAGGUUUUGGUCAUUUUGUCUGUUGCUAUUUAUAGGAAUUAGAACAAAAAUAAUUCAGAUUGGUCAGUUUUGUAGUCUACUUUUAGGUCUGUGACAGGUAAAUACUUAUUAGGUCAACCUGUACAAUCUGUCUGUUAAUCUGACAAACACCUCUGUUGUUUGUUAUACUGUAGUGCACCAGUUUUGCGACCAAGACAUUUUUCAAUCAUGUUCAGCUUAGCGGUGUUUGUCAGUUUAGUAAACGUGGUAAUUAUGUUUUACAUGCAAUACUGAAGACUGAUAUUUUGAAAUAAAUAUUACAAUGUAAGAGUGUAUGAGGAAAUAAAUUAGUAACACAAGGA